GCAUUCGCGCUAGUCUAUACAUUGUUAGUUGGAGUAUUUGUAUCGUGUUUUAUUUCAAAAUUUUGCACAUUUCUGUCUAAUCAUUAAAAAAGAAAAUAAUAAUAAUAAUAAUAAAGUAACAUAUAAGUACCUCUUACGAUAUUAAAUGUAAUUUCACGUAGAAUUUUUUAUUUACGAUUAUAGACAGUUCAAUCUAUUCAUCAGAAAAUCAGUGCAGAACACGCAAAUAAAGAGAACUAACAUACUAUCACGUUUACGCACAUACGUAGGCAUCUACGUUAUUUGAACUUAUUACGAUCAAUUAAAACUAUCGACGAGAAAAGGUUUUAAAUGUGAUUACAGUAUAGAAAGAAUGGCUGGAGUAUUUGAUAUAGAAUUACACGAAGGAGAUUCCGUAAAUCAAGACGAGUCAGAUGAUGAUAUCGUUGAAAGCAGAGAAGAUGCCUAUAAUCAUGCUGCAAAUGUAAAUACCAUAUUAGAAUCCGACGACUUGGAAAGAGUUCAAUUAUCAGAACAGAAUGUGAACAUAGGUCAAGAAAAAACUGGACCUCAAGAUUUUGAACUGUGCAAAAUUCUAGGAGAAGGUGGAUAUGGCAAAGUUUUUCAAGUUAAAAAAGUUACAGGGAAGGAUAAAGGCGGUAUCUUUGCUAUGAAGGUAUUAAGAAAAGCGUCUAUCAUACGAAAUCAGAAAGAUACAGCCCACACAAAAGCGGAAAGAAAUAUCUUAGAAGCUGUAAAACAUCCGUUCAUUGUAAAUUUAAUGUAUGCAUUUCAAACUGGUGGUAAAUUAUAUUUAAUUUUGGAAUAUCUUUGCGGCGGAGAGCUUUUUACAUAUUUAGAUAGAGAAGGCAUUUUCUUAGAGGAUACAGCUUGUUUUUAUUUGUCUGAGAUUAUACUUGCGCUACAACAUCUCCAUAAUCAGGGUAUUAUAUACAGAGAUCUGAAACCAGAAAAUAUUUUGUUAGACGGCGAAGGCCAUGUUAAAUUAACAGAUUUUGGUUUAUGUAAAGAACAUAUUCAAGAAGGUACAGUGACUCAUACAUUUUGCGGAACAAUAGAAUACAUGGCCCCGGAGAUUUUAACAAGAAGUGGACACGGAAAAGCGGUUGACUGGUGGAGUUUGGGUGCUCUCAUGUUUGAUAUGCUUACUGGAAUGCCACCAUUUACUGGAGAUGACAGAAGAAAAACAAUUGAAAAAAUUUUACGAGGAAAGUUAAAUCUUCCAUUGUACCUAACACCCGAUGCCAAAGACUUGAUACGAAGAUUAUUAAAGAGACAAGUCUUGCAAAGACUAGGAUCCGGAUCAGAAGAUGCUGAACAAAUUAUGAAUCAUAAUUUUUUUAAACAUAUUAACUGGCAAGAUGUAAUUUCAAAAAAACUAGAACCACCUUUUAAGCCAUCGUUAAAAAGUGCCGACGACACGUCACAGUUCGACGAGCAAUUUACAACAACCGUUCCUGUUGAUUCUCCGGUUGAAAGUACAUUAAGCGAGUCUGCUAAUAUGAUUUUUCAAGGCUUUACAUACGUUGCACCCAGUGUUCUGGAAGAAAUGUAUGCACAACCAAGAGUCGUAAAUGCUAGAAGCCCUCGAAAAGGUCUUUUAAGUACAGGAUUUAGCGGAAGCCUUCACAAUUUGCCUUCAAGAUCACCCGAUGCCCAUCUUCGUACGUCGUCACAUUUUCAUCAAUACAGUUGUUUCUUUCAUUUCUAGGCAUCACGUAGUAGGUUCAAAUAAUAUGGAAGAUACUGAAAUGAAAGAUAUCGGUCCACUUUUCAAUUUUUAAACAUCGCGCAGUACGUUUAAAUGAUACGAUGAAAAGAAAAAAAAAAAUCUCGAACGAUGGAUAUAAAUUAACUAACGAAUCGUUUUUAGUGAUUUAUAUACAUAAAUAUGCGAGAAAAUAUUAAAUUUCCACUUUAGGCUCGGUAGAACCAAAAAAUAUUUUCUAGCUUACUUAUUUUUCUUGUUUCAAUAAUCUAAAUGUCACAUUUAGUGAAUAUCGCAAUUUACUUACGUAUGUAUAUUUAGAAACACACGAUUCUAAACGUCAAAAGGAGUUUACGCUUAUAGAGCAGUGGUGCUACUCCUGUACAAAUCUUAUGUAGGCCUGUUCUGAUGUGACUGACGAUUAUUUAUGGUGUAAAGAAUUAAAAUAUGUAUUUUCAUUAUGUAAAUAUAUGUAGGUAUCUAAUAAUAACAAGUACAUUCUUUUUUGAGAUGGACGCUGUACUGUUGAAAGAUAUAAAAAAUAUUUUUGAUGUAAAAUAAUAUCACAUCAUUGCAACUACUAAUUCAAAUUUUUUAAAUGUUCACUAUUAGUACAUAUAUAUGUAUACCGAUUAGAUCAAUAAGAUUAUUUCAUUUGAAUAUUUCAAAAAAUUCUUCUAAAAAGUGGGGGGAAAAAAAAUACAAAGAAUGUACUGUUAUUUUUUUUCUUGUAAAAAUCACAAAUUUGUUUAAUUGCUUUUUCAAUUCACCGCAUGAUUUGAGAAGAAACGUUUAUGGAAACGUACAUUCCAAAGUAAUUUAAAUAUUUUGUAUAAACGUAAUGUGAUGGAGUUCGUGCUGAUUAUGUUCUAAACUAGACUAGAGCGUUGAAUUCAAUUAGACUCGAAAGUCUUGUUCUGCCAUUAGUAUAAAAUCAAUUCACUUCAGGUGAUAAAAAGGUAAAAACUGCGCUGAUUUUUCUUUACAGUAGAAUCGGAGAAAGAAAAAAAAAAAGGUACGAUUGUUUUUGUGAGUCUAUGAAUUAAUUUCACUUCUGACUUAAUUUCAUAUCUUUUUGCUGAAUCAGUCCGAUUCUACUUCGUAUAAUUAUUGUGAAAGUGACAAUUAUAUGAAAAAAUUAAACUGCCCAAGUGUUCACAGCUACCAGCUGAAUAGUAUUUAACUUUACAUAGAAAAAAUAUAUGCACACUCGCACAGGCACGCGUGUGUAGUGACUAAGUUAAAAAUUCUUGUUAAUAGUUAAUUGUGUUAUAAAAGAAAAAUAUUAAGAGUGAUAAAUUGAUACUUUGUAAGAUAAAUAUAUGCAUAAAUACAUACGUAUAUAUAUAUAUAUAUACACAUGUAUAUGUAAUUUGAAAGA